AUGGCACAAAGGAGGCAGCAGCAUUCGCGGCUACUGGCUUUAGCAGAAGGCUAUAACACCAAGUGUAAAGAAAUUGCUGCAGUUUUAUAUAGUCAAACGCAUCUCGUCUCUCAGUACCAACACUGCUGCUAUCUCGCGAUUCUAUCUUACAAAUCCAGCUUAGAUUUACCUGGGCUAGCUCCACAGCAAGAGCUAAACUCCAGAUUGGGACUGGGCCAAGCACUCUACGACUAUACCACUGAUAUCUCCGACGCCGAGCACACAGCUGGCCGGGCGCUAUCAAAAGCAAGCGAAGACGACAGCCUUGAUGACUAUCUCUUCAAAGCUUACGAACUUCAUAUACGUAUAUCCUCUGCAAAGAAUCUCAGAUUCGCUCAAUUCCUCCUCAAACGUGCUAUCAAAGAUGCCGAGAGGAAGAAGCGCCAGGAGUGGUUCUAUCAAUUCAAUUUAUUGGCUAUUAAGCUCACAAGCAAUCCGACUAAUUAUUUCAAAGCGGUUAUUGAAGCUGCUAAGAGGAAUGACGAUGCCGAUCUGCAUUUACUUGCUUUGGUGGAGCUGGCUCGCUCAUUGGCUCACAGCGGGGAUUGGAGAAGCUGUGCUGCAAAUAUAGAGGAACUGGAGAAUGAGAUUGGAUAUGUGCCACUGAAAGAAGAAGCGACUACUCGUACUCAAUCCAACCCAGACGCAAUGGAUGAAGAUAUUAAAGAACCGUCUAUCAGAAAGGAAAGUGGUGUUCGGUCAUACAUCCUCCUUGUGCUUCUUAUGGUCAAAACCAUUUUCACUGGUCGUAACACGGAGGCUACAUUGGCCAAGAGUUGCUUGGAGGAAGUAAACGAGCUUGUCCAUAAUUGCGGUGGGCAUGGAAGUCUUUUUGAAAUGAAAGUGAACGGAUGCGUCGACAAAGUGAAGUAUCGAGCACCGAAUCAAAGACAAAUACUAGAAUUCAGCUUUGUGUUGAAUUGUAUAACGCAUAAAGAUCCAGUUGGAUCGAUGCCGGUAUCUUUAAUUUGUGUCAGAGAGGGACUAGCUUUCAUGAAAGAUGACAUUGGAGGUGGUAUCCAUCAUCAAGCAGGGUCGGAAGUUGAGGUUAGCAAGUCGGACCGCUCGAACGUGGAGCUAGCAAUCAGGUGCUCUGCAGCUCAAGUGCACAUUAUGAGAAGAGAGAUGGAAGAUGCUCGUGAACAGCUACUCGAAAUGGUUAAGUUGGCGCGAGAGCACAAAGUGAUGAAGCUGUGGGCUCCUUGGUUGCUAAUGCUUGAAGGGUUCCUUUUACAAGCUAGUAACGAAGAAGAGGCAGCGAAGAAUUACUAUGAAGCAGUGGCAAUAUUGUGUGGGAAGAAUGCGAACACAUUUACUAGUUUAUUUCAUGUGAAUAGCAGCAAUGUAGAGGAACUACAGAAUGACGAGAUGGAGGUAACAGCCAGGAUUUCAGCGAUGACUUUAGAGGUUGGAAUGAACAGAUGCGAUCAUGAGGCUGUAAAAGCUGUGAACGAGCGCAUGAGAUAUGUUCAAUGCUCACCAUCCAUUCAUGCUAUCAUGAAGAUGGUUGAAGGGAUCCUCAGUAAGGGUAUAAUAACGAGAUCGAAACAUCUUUUCACUCAGUCAUUGACAUUAUCAUCACAAUCACAUGACAAUUACAUACGUGCAUUCCUGUUUGCACUGCUAAAUGAAGUUUUCAGACACUCACAUGAAGACCAGGCACUGCAAAUGAUUCAAACUGGGUACGCAAUAUCAAGGAAAAUGGGUAAGGUUGAACAGGCUAAUGGGAAGAAUUUUGGUAUGCCAUUCCUGAACCUCAUAUACAGUCAGUCGUUAGAGAACUAUUACAAGAGGUCAAAUAUGAAAGCGGAGUUGAGAAAGCAAGAGCCGGUUCUCUUCGCUUUCCAUAGACGCCUGCGCGAGCGACACACUGCUCUCUUGAGAGUAGAUGCACGUAUUUUACCAGGACCAGAGUCGAAAGAUACAGAGAGAGUAAUGGGUAGGAUGACUUCUACACAGGCGGCCAGGAUGCUCAACAAGCUUCCCCGUGGCACGCGAAGUGUGGCCACACAGAUCCGCUCAGGCCACUUCCCUACUGCCAAGUCUUACCGAUUCCGACUCAAACUGUCCGACUCACCACUUUGUAGCAAGCGCAAUGAAGUAGACAGUAUCACAGACAGGAUUUUCAGAUUUAGGAAGUUCGAUUAA